AUGGAAGAUCGAUUCGAUCAUUUAGAAAUUGAUGGAGAAAAAGAUGCCACAAAAGCAACUAAAGAUGAUUCGUGGGAUAUUGCUGGUAAAGAGAUGUUGAGUGGUUCCGGAGAAAAUUCGAAAAAUUGUUCUGUCGAAUUCAAAGAUGCAAGUAAGUCGGAAUAUUCUAGAUUCAAAAAAUAAUUGUUUAUUUUAGAAUCAAUAAUGGACGAAUAUGAGAAGAAGUUUUUUUCGAAUGAAAAUCGAGCAGAUCGGUUAUUCCCAGAAAUUGAUCCGCGAUUUCAUCAAAAGAAAUUUGAAAAAGAAAAUUCGUGGGAACCAUCUGUAGUUGAAAUGGAACGUCAACCAUCACCAGAGCGAAGUCAAUCAAAUUUGGAUGAAUCGAUGCGGACGAGCACUCCAAAAAAACGUAAGUUUAUAUUUGAUAAAUUGAAGGGGGAACGAAUUAAGUAGUCGCAUUUUGAAGUAUUGAUUUUGCUUCAAUCGAUUAAGUUUAUUAUUUUAUUGAAUGUAUAUUUUUUCCAAAAAACUAGUUCAUUUCAAAUCUAGCCUGUGAUUUUCAGCUGAUUCUGUUCUAUUUCGCCGAUUGAUCCCUCUGCAUCUUGAUAUUUCAUCUGUUCAUCAAUCUUCAACCAAUAUUACGGGAUCACCAAUUUUUGGUAAUUUUGAAACUUCAUUUUGUCGAAACGAUUAUUAUUUUUUCAUUAUUUUUUCAGCCAAAUGUUCGCCUUCAAGUUCGUCAAUUUUUCCGAAUGGAAUAGUUCAGAAUGGUCAACUUUUCACCAACACUUCUGUUUCAAAAACAAGUUCGAUUGGAUCAGACACAGCUAAAAAAAAGAUUUUUUUUUGUUACCGUGAUACGGUAUGCAGCGGUGUUUGCAGAAAGUGGAGGCGUCGCCUCUUGCGAACAAAAAAAACACGAAAAAAACUGUGCGGCAACAAAAAACACACGCGCCGCACAAUCAACAUAUGGACACCGCCUACUUUUUUCUUUUUUUUUCUGGAAAAAAGGGGGGAGUACGUAACUAAAGUGUUUAAUGUAUUUUCUUCUUUUUUUUUAGCUGUGUCAGAAAAGCCGAAUUUAUUGAAAAUGAAUAGUCGAAGAUUGGCAUAUGGAGCUGUUGGAAUUGGAGAUCAAUUAGGUUUGAAAUUGGAAAUGGAGAAUGUUUCGGAUCGAAUGCUGAAUGUGAGAUCAAAUUUAGAUAGUGGAACAGAUGCUUUUGAGGUAAUCGUUUUCUUAUUUUUCUGAAGAAAAUAAUGUUUUAUCUAGAUUGUUGGAAAUCAAUUGGAACUCAUUGGACCUGGACAAAAAUCUGAAUUGCGUGUGAUUUUCAAACCAGAUAAAGACCAUCUGGAACCAUCUGUGUUUGAAAUGGAACGUCAACCAUCACCAGAGAGACGUAAGUUUAUAUUUUUAUUGAAAUAUUGAAUGUUCAUUUCAAAUCUAGCCUGUGAUUUUCAGCUCAGUCUAACUGAACUGACUGAUUUUAAUAAAUGUCAUUAUUUCAGGGACAUCGUCCACGUGA